AUGACAAGGCCUAUUCGCGUGCUAUGCCUUCACGGCUGGCGCACGAGUGGUCAAAUCUUGCAACGUCAGACCUCUGCUCUACGUCACGCAUUUGGUAUAAAGGCUGAGCUGUUGUAUCUCGAUGCACCAUGGGCCGCCUCGGGCCCUGCACCGGAGCUGGUGCGCUCGUUUUAUGGCAAGACGGGUCCGUUCUUUCAAUGGUGGGACGCCUUGAAGCGCAAAGACGGUGUAACGUAUCGAUACGAGGGGUUAGAACAUUCUUUAGACUAUUUGACGGGCCAAGUGCAAAGUCUAGGAACAGUGGAUGCUGUUUUGGGCUUCUCUCAGGGUGCCGCUAUUGCAACUUUGUUGACGGCACACUACCAAACAACAUAUAAUCACGUCCCGUGGAAGGUCUGUAUAUUAGUAGCCGGAUUUUACCCACGCACUGUCGAGACACAAGAGCUUCUGGAUGCUGCUAAGAGGUCAGCCGAUGGAGCGAUCGACAUUCCGUCGGUACAUGUGAUUGGCAAGGCCGAUCCUUUAAUUACUCAGAUGGAAAAGCUGUUUCGAAGCUUUUCUAGUAUAAAUCGAGUCAAGUUCGAACAUGACGAAGGGCACAAGUUUCCUUCUUCUCUAAAGUACAAACAAAUGUAUCAUGACAUUGCGCAGGAGGUUUUAGCGAAGACAAGUCAGGCGUGGAGAUGA